CCACUCGCUGUGUUCUGUUUCUAUGUUGCCUUCUCUUGAAUAUCUGAAUAUUUACUCAGAGAUUUGAGUUAUCGUGUAAUUCUGUUGAUAUUAGCCCUCAAUGAAUCCUCGUUGUCAAGACAAGUACCGCGAAAGGAAUGAAAAAAAUGAUAUGCAGUAAGUAUUGAAAGAUUCCAUGAGGGAUCAUUGAAGAAAAGUAUGAAUGGGUGGAAACAGCAGUAAACAGACAGAAACAUCCUCUCGUCCUAAGCAGGAUAAAAAGCAGAACAGAGAGGAUGGCAGACAGAAGGCAACUGGACAUCAGAGAAUCUCGCAACGGACACACAGAGCAGGUGGUGGGCUCAAACCCGUGCCUCCAUCCACCAGACGAAAAGAUAUCUUCAACAAAGACUCACUUAAACAGGCGACUCAGAAUGCUUCUCUAGAGGUUUCCGCAAAAGAGUUGAAUUCCUAUGAAACUCUCGUGUCCCGACUUACUGAAGGAUUAAAGGACGAUGUGGAGAAAGCGUGGGUGUUUUACCUCUGGGUUGUGAAUUUGGAUCUUAAAAUCCAGGAAACACCAAAAGGUGGUGCUAAGAAUACACCAAAGGGCGACUUAAAGGAAGUCAAGGGCGGGAAAACUCGUAUUGCAGAUUUUUUCACGUCGCUUUGCAGUAAAGGUGGGUUAAAAUGCAAGAACAUAGAGGGAUUUCAAAAAGAUGACAACUUUGAAAUUGGAUGGACUGAGAAAAAAUUAGUCGAAGGGAAGUGGAAUGCUAUUUACAUCAGAGAAUCUUGGCGAUUACUACAUUUAGAAUAUGGAAUGUCUGCCAAUCAAAAGUGGAAGGCCCUGUAUUUUCUCAUUGAUCCGGAGGACUUGAUACAUUGGUGCUAUCCAAACGAAAUUGAAUGGCAGUUACUGGCUACGUCAGUUACCAAACAAGACUUCCUGUCCAUGCCAAACUGUCGACGGAAAUGUUUAGAAAUGGGAGUCAAAAUCAUACAGCCUGCACUCGGAAAAGUGAAAGUAGACCAAGGACGAAUUAGUGUGGAAGUUUUCAUUGACAAAACGUAUUCACAAAACACUGUUCUAAAUUACACAUUACGGGGUAAGAAGGUUAAGAAUGGAAAACUAGAACCUGACACGGGAAAUGCAGGAAACACGACCGCUAGAAAAAAUGGAAAACUAGAAUCCGACACACCCGGAAAUACAGGAAACACGACGGCUAGAACAGAUGGAAAGCUGACAGAUAGAAGUUACACGAAAGAACAUGAAACGCAAAAUAUGGACAACACCGAGGGGGAGCUCGCGGACAAACCCAAUUCACAAUUCCCAUCAGACCUGGAAAAAUAUGUGUUCAUGAAUCGCGCCGAUUCUCGGGUGGUAUUCGACGUAGUGUUUCCGGUUCCCGGGUCCUAUGUUUUGGAUAUUGAAGGAAAGACAUUCAGCGAGAAAGGUGGCCACAACACCAUGUCUGUACUUUGUCAAUUUAAAUUUGCUUGUGUUAAAUGUGUCCCACGGGAUGAUGAAAAUGUCCCAUUACCAGAGGUUCCGGAAAUUGGAUGGGGGCCAACACCUCACUGUAUUAAAUAUGGUGUUCGUCCCGUGUCACAUGGAUAUGGAACUAUUUACAUUCUACCAAGUGAGCCGGUGAAAGUGCGCUUUGAGUAUACAGGAAAAUACGAGUUUAAAACGGACUUGAUCGGUAUGAAUCCAUCCAGUGGGACAGAAAGUAAUCCUACAUGCGCAGUUUCUCCCAAUAAACUAACAGUCGAAGUGAAUAUUGCAGAUGAAGGUCAUUACGCCCUAAAAGUGUUCGCUAAAAAAGAUGGAGAUAGUGAUUUCAUUAAUAUCAUAAACUACAUGCUGAUUUAUAACAGAAAAAACGCAAAUGUUGAGAAGUUCAACAAGCGAAUGAUGCGCGAAAGGUUGUUGAAAGCGACAGAAAACGGAACGGAACGGGAAGUGGAUGAAGCGCUGCAGAAUUUCAUAUUCCACAGAGUUCCAGACCAAGGCGAGGUUCCAAAGGCAAAACUAAAACUAAAGUCCUUCGAGGCGAAAAGAGAACUUAGCAACGCCAUGCAACGGAGAAAUGUUAAAGUUUUAGAAGCUGCUAUCGAAAAUGCUAAAAAUUCUCCAAACAUGGAUGAACUGAAAGAAGACAUCAAAAAGGCAGAGGGGUUACUCAACAGAUUAAGGAAUCUGGAAGGGUCUUUACACCCAAUCACGAAAAUGGAAAGCAACACGCUGUCUGAAAUACGGCGGUAUUCUAAUCCUACGCCAGCAGUCAAAGACGUCCUAACGGCAACCUAUAUCAUACUUGGUCAUGAUAUAGAAUCCGCAAGGAGGUGGGACUACAUCCAGUCACAACUAACCAAGACAGGGCGCGACGGAUUACAAAGCUUGGUGGUACAUUGUGAUAUCGAGUCUGUGUCGCGCAUGAGGGCUGAGCUCGCUGACCAGUUACUGAAACCGCUAAAUCAGAAAGCAAUACGGGAUGCCAGCACAGGAGCCGCCUCAGUUUAUCACUGGGCUUCUGAAAUUGUUGGGGUCAAAUUAAAGGAACCAGAAAAAGAGCCCGAAGUGGCAAUUAAAAUUGAAGAAAAAACUGCAGAAACUGAAACCAAGAAAACUCCCAAGAGAUCCUCCAUUACACCCAGAAAUCCAUCGCUUAGAUCGAUUCAACCUAAAGUGGACUCUGUGUGGAAGAAAGGCGAUAAAGCGAUUAUACCCAAAAGGCACCACGAAGAAACCGUGCCAUCUUCCUCAGACCGGUUUAUUUGGCCCAAACGAUAGCGUCCAUAUUGGAUUACUGCAUAUUCAUAAGAAAUGAUGGAUUUUGCUUAAAUUUCACAGCGAGCAGACGCUAAAGUCAGAGUUUACCUCAGAUACAUUGGGGCUCGCUUUCUGUAUUCGUGUUGUGUUACGAUUUUAUAUUCUACUAUAAUUUCAGAUGCAAUAUUUGCACUAUGAUUAUGGCGAAAUACCGGUGACAGUACUGAGUAGUCUAUUUUUUUGGUAGCUCGCUUCUCAUGUCCGGGAUGUCCGGGGUUCGAUUCUCGAUCCUGGUGCAGCUUCAAACCCGAAACGAUAACAAGAGUGACUGUUCCUUCUCCAAGGACUCGGCAUUAAAAGUGAAAGUAAAAGUCAUGCUGUGAUCUCAAAAACGAAUUCUCGUGUCGCAUUUGGCUUUAAUAUGAUCUAAAGUAACCCUUAUUUGAUGCAACCUUCAGCACUCUGCAUAGGUUACAUGUAAACUUCACUUACAGCUAGUGACGUCGAUAUGUAUGUGAAGAAUACUCGAAUUGAGUGUAAGCCACAUACAUGUAUAAUACCGUAGAAAUUGAUAAGAAACAAUUUAUGUUCCAAGUUUACUUAUAUGGUCAUUAAAUUUUGCUCUGACCAAUCAGUUCUGUCUGGAGAUCGCUACUUAAAUUUAUAUUUAUCCCUUUUUAAAAUCUAAAUCCUAUGUCGAUGGUCAAUUAAUGAUUUCAUAAUUUUAUAAACCCCUGACAGUAAUGAAAAUAUGUGUGCAGUUAAUAUUAUGAAACCAUGGUGUUUAAGAAAAUAAAGUCUGGGUUACAAAAGUCGGAACUAUUUUACCUAUCAACAUUCAGAACGCACACUUUCAAGCCGUUUCUCCUCUUUCUUUGUAUGAAAGGCGAAGAUAACGAACAGGGAUCAAUCUCAUAACUUCUAUAAGCAAUAUAAAAUAGAUAGUUGGGCAAACUCAGACCCCUGGGCACACCAAAGGUGAUAUCAGGUGCCUA